CUGGGAAACGAAGAGGUGGUAAAGCAUCAUAACUGGUUUGGACUUUUGCCGGCAGGUCUUUGAUCACAUCACCGUUGCAACCCAACUAUUGACUAAUUGCGAGCAGAAAGUAUAGUUAUGUUAGGAUCACCGACGGUAACAUGAAAGGGAAAUCCAAUACAGUGUUAAUUCUGGCCCAUGCGUUCCUAGGUGUUGGCUUUUUCUUCAUUUACGUGCAUCAUGUCAGGACUGUUUUUGAAUCAAAAACCAACUAUGGCCGUUUGACGAAGUUGGGGCGCGAGGCACUGUUACGAAAUGAAGACGCUCUUUACUAUUCGUUCUAUAAAACCAUCGCCGAGGACUACUCUUUCGAGAGUGGUUACAAGAAGCUGCUCAAUUUAACUUCUAUAGAAUACCCGAACAGUGUAAAUGCUGUCCAGAAGUUCCAUAUCCUACCAGAGAUAUGCAUCGGAUACAUUUACCAUCAGUUCAGAUAUCUGAGCAAGCAACUGCACAUUCCAACCGUUAGCUGUUGGACAAUGGACGGGAGUGAUGGCGAACAAAUUAUGACAUGCGACGGUGUUGGAGAUCCAUUUAAUUUCUACAUGGAAUUCGUUUGGUGUUUCGGGGGCCUCACGGUCUUUAUUAUAUACAUGUACAGCUCAUUCUUGAGUGAAACUAGUUUUGGUGGAAUUUACGCAGUAGUUUUAUAUAUCAUAUUCCAUAAAUAUGCGUCCAAGAUCUACGAAAGACCUGUUGCACGAGAAAAUUUCGCGUUCCCAUUUAUACUUUGGCAGAUGUUCUAUUUGAACCUCUGCAUUGACAAAGCAGCUAGAUCAUCAUCAUCAAGCUACCCGCGAUCAAUGCGUCUAUUCAUGAUCAAGAAGUUCACUUUCAUAACAACAGUGUCGCUUCUUUGUUGGCAAUUUUCUUCAGUGAUAUACGCUACACAAAUUCUCAUCCUGCUGAUACCUCAAAAUUUAUCGGGUAUCGAAAGCCUGUUUUGUGUAGAUUAUGCAACCUCGCAGUUGAUGGCAAACCUUUUAGCUUUUCACUUCACCUAUGGCAAUAAAAAGUUCUUCCUAUCAUGGCAAAAUGGCCCAACACUGGCCCUUCUAUGCUUUAGUAUUCAAAAUAUGUUCCGCAAUCGAAGGAAACAAGGAUCGCCUGCAUCAUCUGUAAAGUAUUCAACACUGGGAUUGAUUUUGGCCUUUAGCAUGCAAGGAUCAAUCACGGAUAUUUUAGAGAAAUCGGGGUAUACGCAUCCUGAUGAUAAUCCCUACACGACGUAUAGGGAUUUGAUUUUGUAUUGGACGUUACAACGUAGAACGAAUUUCACUACAACACUUUUAGCCUGCAGUGAAGGUUUCAACGAAGUCCAGUUUGAUGAUUGCUGGGAGUUGAUUAAGACACUUAUAGUGAAGCCUUUGUGCUUGUACAGUGUCGUAGUUUUAGCACAAUUUCUUAGAAAGUUACGGAGAAAAUUUGACACAACUCCAAAGGAGGAAAAAAUUGAACGUGCGAAAAAUUAUGUCCUAGAAGAUUUCCUAGAAGAAAAUCAUAUAUCAAUGAAGGAGAUGUCGAAAGAAGAAACUCAACGAGAUUUGAAUGUUUGUUUAGAAAUUUUGAAAAACUGUGAUUACGACUACGAAAAGUAUAAAAUAGAAAAAAUGAAGUGUAAAUCAGACAAAAGCAGUGAACACGACGACUUCAUCAAUGACGUGAAGAAACUUAAAAAUCAAAUUAGCAAAAAUGAGCAGCGGAAAGAUAAGUCAAAACUAGAAACACAAAAAACGAAAGAUGAUGAUAUUCCUGAUGAUAAGAAUAAUGAAGAUGCCGCCGAAGAUCCUUCGGCAACAGAGCAAAGUACGAAAUCAGGAAGCAGUAACUCACAAGCAAAGCCUUCAUGUACCGAUGGUGGUAUCCUUGCAAAUUUCAGCUACUAUUAUCUGUACAGUGUCAUGCAGUUCGCAAUCUUUUCCUGGAUUGGAGUCACACUGAAGAAACUAUUUUUUCUGUGCUUUACACUGGGUUGCAUUCUAGCUCCAACAUUAUGUUCUAAGUUUUGGUACAGAAAGCAACCAAACAUUUUCUGGACGGUCUCCAUAAUUGUUUUUCUCUCCAGCAUAUUUGAUCCUGGCGUACAGAACAUUGAAAGGGAAUAUUUUCCUGACCUUCCCGCCAAUGAUGACUUGGAACUAAUGCUGGAGUGGAUAAAUUUGAAUACAGAAAAGGAUGCUGUGUUUGGGGGUCCUGUUGAAGUCAUUGGUACAGUCCACCUUGCAACUCAACGCCCCAUAGUGAAUCAUCCUUUUCUAGAAUUGAAAGAUAUCAGUGAAAGGACAGAUGCUAUUUAUUCGGUAUUUAGUCGACAACAAUCCUCCGAUAUCUACAAUCAAUGUUCGCAACUUAAGCUUCAAUACUUAAUAGUGUCAUUGAAUAAAUGUUCGAAUUCGACUGAUGACGAAUGUGAUAUGUUAUCGAUUUGGGAUGAAAUGCAGCCCUCCCAUCGGAAGCAUUCGCAGUUCUGUACGGAAUUAGUUAAUAAGAACAUUCCAAGUUUCCUGAAAGUAUUUUCAAAUGGUCAUUACGGCAUUAUAAAGAUGUUUUCGCAAAGUGUACAGCUCAGUCUGAAAUACCAUAAAUUGCCUGAGAAGGUUAUGUAGUUCUAGGCUUAUUGCAAUUAGCACUUAAGUAGAAGACUCAUUUUUUCUCGUUGUAUUAUUCUAUCAUUGUAAUUAAACGAUUACUUUUAGCUAUUUAUUGAUAUUGAUUAUUUCAAUUUUAUUUCGUCGAAAUUGAUAUGUGAUCUACAGAUACAUUUUUUCCGUUUGCAUUUUUAUAGUAUUAACUUAGGUACGAGACUUGCGACUUAUAUUAAAUUUAUCAACGAUUUGAUCUUAAAGAGAUUACCACUAAACAAAUGUCAAUUUAUAAACAUUUGUAAACUAAGAAAGACAUGUUUCUUAAUACUUUAUUAAGGAAUAUAUUAUAUUUGUUUGAAAUAAAAGUGAAAUUAUAAAAAUGA